UAUCGGAAGCAGCCAAACUAGUAAAAAUUAGAACAGUUUUAUCAAAGUUCUACUGAUAAACCUAAACACUAGAGAGCAGCAAAGAUCUGAUCCCAAGACCAUCCUGAAGGGAUUUAUUGGUGGGAUAUUUCUGAGAAGGCAAUCCUUCGUUUUGGACACUUGGUCUAAAGCAGAUGUUGCACUUUUUCAAAAUGAAACCUCAUUAUAUUUAGUGUUUUAAAGAAGAGGGAGGGACAUGACACCCCCAGCCCACAGUUGAACUGCAGGACAAAGGCAAAGUCUGGCUAUGUUGAAGAGACAGGAGAAACUGUAUAACCUUGACUGAAUGGGGCAGAAGUGAUCGACUUAACUUACAAUGUCCAUGCUGUUUAGAGCUAAGGUGAAAUUGUAAGCACCUUAACUGAACCUGGGACCAUCUGCAUGCAAAACAGAUGCCCUUCCACACAGAGGUUUAGACUGCCCCCUGGUUACUGAGCCAGCGUGGUGUAGUGGUUAGCGUGCUGGACUAGGACCGGGGAGACCUGAGUUCAAAUCCCCAUUCAGCCAGAAUACUUGCUGGGUGACUCUGGGCCAGUCACUCCUCUCUCAGCCUAACCUACUUCACAGGGUUGUUGUGAAAGAGAAACUCAAGUAUGUAGUACACAGCUCUGGGCUUCUUGGAGGAAGAACAGGAUAUAAAUGUAAAAAAAGAAAAAGAAAAGAAGAAGCAAGAGGGGAUUCCUUCCCUUCACAGGCACAGACCAAAGCUUUCCCUGCUGGAGGAGAGCCCCCACCCCCACAGGCAACAUCUCUCCCUCGGCUCCCCCUGCAACAGGCCUUCAUCCACAAGAACUGUGCCUAUGCCAGCCUCUUCCUGGCCUCCCUCCCAGCCAGCUGGACCUUCUCUCACCCCACAUGUGUAUCCUGGGGCUCAGACUUUAGGGUUGCCAUAUUUUGGCUUUCCAAAUCUGGGAGCCUUUUUUUUUUUUUUUUAAUGAAAACUGAAAUCUGGGAGAAUCUGGCUGGGCUAAGCAAGCUGGGAGAGAUGCUUAAUAUCCGGGUGAAACCCAGAAUUUCGGCCGACAAGGCAAUUCUAGGCUCAGUCCAAACAGAUGAGGAGGAAAGUGAGUCUGCUGCCGCCCAGAGGAACAGGCUGUUGGUCUGGCAGGAAGUGGAGAGGAAAGACCAUCGCUCCUCAUCCCAGUACUGGGUAGAAUCUCCUGGGAGGGCCGCCAGCCCCAGAGACCACCGCCCUCCAUCUGCCACAUCUCCAUUAGCAGCGACCCCCUGACUUUGGCUUCCCCCGUGCACACCUGAACCAUUGGAGGAAUGCACAUGUAGGGGUGAAUGUGUGCGUCUGCAUGGAGGUAAAUUAAUUGCUUUUUUGGGAGAAAACCAUAACUUGACAAACAAAGACUCUUUGGCCAUAUGAGACUAACUGUUGGACUAAGAAGAUCUUCCGGCUGCAUUGGAAAUUUCAUUGGAGCAAAGGGGGGAAAGGGGAAAAAUGGAUUUCCAUAGCCCAGUAAAUAAUGAAUAAGGGAAGGGAGCAGAAAAAAGACUCUCAAAGCAUCCAGGCAGGAAGUGACAGGGAAUUCUUGGAAAGAAUGGUGCAGAAGAUCCUGGAAGGAGACCCCACCAGCUACGAUGUUGAAUGCCCGAGACUUAGGCAUAUACACUACCAGGAGGCAGAAGGCCCCCGCGACAUUUGCAGCAGACUCCAUACCCAUUGCCAUCAGUGGCUGAAGCCCGAAAAGCACACCAAAGUUCAGAUGCUGGACCUGGUGAUCCUGGAGCAGUUCCUGACUGUCCUUCCCCCGGAGAUGGAGAGCUGGGUCAGAGAGUGUGGAGCAGAGACCAGUUCCCAGGCGGUGGCCCUGGCAGAAGGUUUCCUCCUGAGCCAGGCAGAGGAGAAGAGGCAGAAGGAGCAACAGGCACUGAGUAUGUUAGCCAAAGUGGCCGCUGAGCCCCUGCAGGCAGAGAAGGCUCCAUCAGACACCAGGCAGAGGCUGCUUUUCAGUGGGAUUGUGCAGGAGGAGGAUCGAGGGACCACCUCAAUGGGCAGUGAAAUGACCCUGGAGAUUCCUUCUAGGCCUUCUCCUCUUGGUGGUGGAGUGGACAGGAUUUCUGUGCAGUCACUGGAUCAGGGACCCGUGUCCUUUGAGGAGGUGGCUGUGUGUUUCUCCGAGGAGGAGUGGGCUCUGCUGGAUCCCAGCCAAAGGGAUGUGCACAGGGAAGUCAUGGAAGAGACUUCUGGGCAUCUGGACUUGCUGGGUAAACAGAGGAAGAACAGAAAAAAGGAGGAAGCGGCGAGAAGAAAAACCAAAGAAAAAGAAGAGAAGACAAAGAAUACGGCAGCUACUGAAGGGACAGACCUCCAUGCAAUUCCAUUAGAAGAUAAGGCUAGUAACAUCCCUCUAAGUGGAAAAGCCUUAACUAAUAAAUCACCACGUGGUGCACAUUGCAGCAUCCGUGCAAGAGUGAAAGCAUAUCAGUGCACAAUGUGUGGAAACCACUUCAGUGAUCAGUUGGACUUUUAUGAACACCAAAGAACCCACAGAGGGGAGAAACCAUGUUUGGCUUGUGGCAAGAGCUUCAGUCAGAACAAUGCCCUUGUUGUCCACCAGUGUGUCUGCAAAGGUGAGAAACCAGAUACAUGUUUCAAGUAUGGAAAGAGAUUCAUUGGUAAAGAUAAGCUUCCUUCCCAUCAAAGUUACCACACAGGAGAGAAACCCUAUACAUUCUCAGAGUCUGGAAAGAGCUUCAGUCGGAAGGGCCAUCUUUCUGUCCAUCAAAGAAUCCACACAGGAGAGAAACCAUAUACGUGCUCAGAGUGUGGGAAGAGAUUCAGUCGGAAAGAGAGUCUUUCUGGACAUCAAAGAAUCCAUGCAGGGGAGAAAUCAUAUACAUGCUCAGAGUGUGGAAAGAGCUUCAGUCGGAAGGACAGUCUUUCUUCCCAUCAAAGAAUCCACACACAGGACAAGCCAUAUACAUGCUUAGAGUGUGGAAAGAGCUUCAGGUGGAAGGACAGUCUUUCUGGACAUCAAAGAAUCCAUGCAGGGGAGAAGCCAUAUACGUGCUCAGAGUGCGGAAAGAGUUUUAGUUGGAAGGACAAUCUUUCUGUCCAUCAAAGAAUCCACACAGGGGAGAAACCAUACACAUGUUCAGAGUGUGGAAAGAGCUUCGGUUGGAAGGAAAGUCUUUCUGCCCAUCAAAGAAUCCACACAGGGGAGAAACCAUAUACGUGCUCAGAGUGUGGAAAGAGUUUCCGUUGGAAGGACAGUCUUUCUGCCCAUCAAAGAAUCCACAGAGGGGAGAAACCAUAUACGUGCUCAGAGUGUGGGAAGAGCUUCGGUUGGAAGGAAAGUCUUUCUGCUCAUCAAAGAAAACACACAGGGGAGAAACCGUAUGCAUGCUCAGAGUGUGGAAAGAGUUUUAAUCAGAAGAGCCAUCUUUCUGCCCAUCAAAGAAUCCACACAGAGGAGAAACCAUUUACGUGCUCAGAGUGUGGCAAGAGCUUCAGACGGAAGGAGAAUCUUUCUGCUCAUCAAAUUAUCCACACAGGGGAGAAACUAUAUACCUGCUCAGAGUGUGGAAAGAGCUUCAGUCGGAAGGGUCAGCUUUCUUCCCAUCAUAGGAUCCACACAGGGGAGAAACCAUAUACAUGCUCAGAGUGUGGAAAGAGUUUCAGCCGGAAGCGUCAGCUUUUUGUCCAUCAAAGUAUCCACACUGGCAAGAAACCGUAUACAUGCUCAGAGUGUGGAAAGAGCUUCAGUCGGAAGGACAGUCUUUCUGCCCAUCAAAGAAUCCACACAGGAGAGAAACCAUAUACAUGCUCAGAGUGUGGAAAGAGCUUCAGUCGGAAGGGCUAUCUUUCUGUCCAUCUAAGAACCCAUAUGAAAGAGAAACCACAUUCAUGGACUGCUUCCUCCCCACUUACCUCCUCCAUCCAGUCAUUCCUUGUGAAGCCUAAUGGGGUCUGAUGAAUUAAUAGCAAUAGCAAUAGCACUUACAUUUAUAUACCGCUCUAUAGCUGGAAGCUCUCUAAGCGGUUUACAAUGAUUUAGCAUAUUGCCCCCAACAUUUCUGGGUACUCAUUUUACCGACCUCGGAAGGAUGGAAGGCUGAGUCAACCUUGAGCCCCUGGUCAGGAUCGAUCUUGCAACCUUGUGGUUACAGGGCAGCAGUUUUACCUCUGCGCCACCAGGGGCUCAUUAAGGGGCCUGUGUGAUCUUAAAGGAGAGAAUAUCUCCUCAAAGGUUGAUGGCUACAUUCCCUGUAAACCGCUUCCAUUCUGCUGGCCGUGCAGUUAAUUUUCACUGCCAGGCAGAGCUACUGUGUAACCCAGAGGAAAGGGCUAAAGACCAGGUCUGUGGUGAAGGCAGGAUGGGGUGUGAUGGUUUUCCCCCCUUGCAUGCUGCAACCCCCCCCCCACACACACCAUGAUGUCCCCCCAUUACUUUUUUAAAAUCUGUGGCUGCUGCCACUGCUGCUCCUGUCUCCAGGAGGGCCUCCAAAUUAUUGCGGGUGGGGAGCCUCCCCAGAGCCCCGCCACUGUGUCACAUCCCCGUGCCCGCUGCUGCCCCACCAAUAUUUGUCAUCCUCACCGCCAGGGGGGUGAGCGGGAGAGUGGAGCAGGCCUCCCCCCCCCCAGUGGUGGCAGGGGGCGUGGGGAAGCGGUGCAGCAGCAGGGCUCUGGGGAAGGCCCUCCCCAGACAGAGGAGGCCACGGACCUGGUCCCCAAGGUCCGUAGCUAAGUCCGCCUCUGAUUCCACACCUGCAUGGAGGCCAUCUGAACCCACAGGGCAGGCUGUGGCAGUGGGAAGCCCGCCACUUCAAAAAAAAAAUUAGAGCAUGGGUGGCGGCCGCAAUGGAUGCGAAUGCGAGUGGCGGCCAGCUGUGCGAUCUGGAAGCAGGAGACGUGCGGGGCCAGCAAACGUGUGCUGGAACAGGUGAGUAGCAUGGCCAGCUCAACUGUCCCAGACUGACCGGGAAACAUCCCAUCCGUCCCAUAUUGCAUGGGGGCGGGGACGUGAAUGGUCAUUCCAUUCCAGAUGCCAUUUCCUUCGUAUUUGGGCUGGCAUGGGGGUGGACAGCAACUCAGAUCAGUUGCAGAGGAGCAGCACCAGGAGGGAGGGCAUGCCCUCAACUCCUGCCUGUGGCUUCCAGCGGCAUCUGGUGGGCCACUGUGCGAAAAGAUGCUGGACUAGAUGGGCCUUGGGCCUGAUCCAGCAGAGCUGUUCUUAUGUUAAAUCAAAUCACCCACCUGGCACCAGCCAAUACAAAGAUCUCCCUGCAUGCCUGCAGCUGUUUGGAGGCUCUUCAGGCCACAGGGAAAGCCAGGCUUCUGCUCCUCUUCCCAGAGGAUCAGCUGCAAGUUUGCUGGGUGGGGGCUUCUGGAGGCAGAGCAGUGUGUGGGGGAAGCCACACUGCUGUCUCUGUGCUUGCCUGGUGGGGGCGGUGAUAGCGGAUGGUACCAUAUGAGCUGGCCCUUGGUCUGAUGGCUUUGCUGGAUGUUACUGUUUUUGCUGCUUCUGUGAUUUUGCUUCUGCUGUUUGGGUUCAUGUUUAUCACAUCCAUUGCUUUUGUAUUAUACACCACCCUGAGAGUCCUGUUGCUGAUGGGUGGCUCCUAAAUUCACAAAUAAAUAGAUAACAACUUA